AUGGCAUUUACAAUGUGCUCCCAGCUGUGGUAUCUGACGAACAAGCACAUCCUGGAGGAUUAUCCACAGAUGCGCAUCUGGGAGACUCUGAAGCAGCGCUGUAAAGAGCAGGAGGUGGAAUUCACUCUAGUUUUAAUGGACGAACUAGCCAUAACAGUCAUUGAUAGCCAGUUAGGCUUGCAAAUUAACCAGAAGAUUGUGACUGCUUACCCUCGGGUGAUACUGGUGCGAGUACCUACUCCUACAGUACAAUCCGACAGUGAUAUAAUGGUUUUACGACAUCUUGAAAAAUUAGGAUGUCGCUUAGUGAAUCGACCACAAGCCAUUUUAAACUGUAUUAACAAGUUCUGGACAUUUCAGGAGUUAGCUGGUCAUGGAAUACCUUUACCUGACACCUUCUCAUAUGGUGGCCAUGAUGAGUUUUCAAAAAUUAUACAAGCAGCUGAACCUCUUGGAUAUCCUGUGGUAGUGAAAAAUACUCGUGGACAUCAAGGGAAAGCUGUGUUUCUUGCAAGAGAUAAGCAACAUCUAUUAGACAUAUCCCAUUUAGUGCGUCAUGAUGCACCUUACUUAUUUCAAAAGUAUGUAAAGGAAUCUCAUGGGAAGGAUAUCCGGGUGGUGAUUGUCGGUGGACGUGUCAUUGGUGCAAUGUUGCGGACAUCCACUGACGGAAAGAUGCAGAGCAAUUGCUGCUUAGGGGGUGUUGGAGUCACGUUUCCACUUAGUGAGCAAGGAAAAUUGUUAGCUAUGCAAGUGUCUACUAUUCUGGGCUUGGAUGUGUGCGGCAUUGACUUGCUUAUGAUGGAUAAUGGAUCGUUUGUGGUUUGCGAGGCUAAUGCAAAUGUUGGUUUUACUGAAUUUGACCAAGCAUGUGAAUUAGAUCUCAGCGGCAUUAUUGCAGAUUAUGCUUUAUCUCUCCUCCCCAGCAAGCUGUCAAAGGAAAUGCCUCAGCUUUCUGCAGCGUCCAAGUGCAGAGAAAUCGAUGAAGUUAAAGCUUCUGCCAGUGCUUAUUCGGAAAGCGCCAUGAACAAUGCGUCAUGCUGUAGUAAUAGUGUUUCUGAUGUUAAUGAAAUCAGGGAUUCUACAAAUGUGCCAAAGCCAUGCUCCCCUGUAGAUGCAGAUAGUAAAUGUAAUAUCAGCAACUAA